AUGGAGCAUUUCAGCAUGUCUUUCUCGACGCCGGACGAGGGCCACCUGUCUCAGGCCCCGCUGGUCGGGCGAAUGAUCGACAGCCCAUCUUCGGAGUUGGAAAUCCGAUACCCUGCCCCAAUAGGGUUCCAACAGUCUGACUCUAUCACCACCCCCAUGAAUCCAGUAAAUGCGUUCCCACAAGCAACCUGGUUACAGCUCCUUGAACAAAGCCGCGUUGAUUGUCCGAGUGACCCUUCACAGACUGCCCUUUCGCGUCACCAGACGUCAAACUCAAAUCUCAUCAUAGCCACACUUGUUGGUCGACCCGAUAUUGCAGCCUUUCGAGACACGGUGUGCAGCUACCUUCGUCUUACGUCGGGAUUGUGGACUGAGUUAUACAAACCUCGAGAAUACACAACUGCUCACCGCCUCCUGACUCGCUACCUCUCCCAGCAGUACGGCAGACUUCCUCCUGACUUGUGGCGCUUGAUCAAUGAACUCAGAGAUCAGUUUGAUUUCGAGCAAUCGCGCUACGAGUGUAUCGACAUCAUCUCCUCGAUCCCGACCCCACCGAAUAUGUUUACCCACGGUUUGGCGCUUUCCGGAGGCGACGGGCCCGACUUGAGGGGUCCUCAUGGUUGGGCAACUCCUCGUUCGCUCGAAGCGAGUAGUUCUCGUGCAGCCCAAAUGCCCAGUCCAGGCCCUGGCCCAGACAGUCAAACAAGACCGACAACGCCUGUUUCUGUGGCGAACGGCAGGAGAAGACUCCAGAGUCCUCCCCAUCAGGAGGCGAGAGACAAAGGAAGAGCGCCAAGAGGAAAGAGAUACAAAUGUCCUUAUAUGAAUUGCAGGCAUGACGCUUUUAGGAAUGCUGGGAACUUCACCAAUCAUAUGCGCAGACUCCAUGCAGAGUCGGAGUAUGGCAACCGACCUCCAGCAGAUUUCCUGGUGCCAGACUCAUCCCCUCAGCCCAGCAAUCAAGGCGACACCACCUCUUCGGUAAUUACAAACGUGAGCGACUCACCUCUGACUCGACGAAGAUUGUCCGACGAGUCCGCCGCCAGUGAAGAUGGGAUGACGACCGCCGGCGAUGACCGUGUCAGAGACAUCGGCGACAUCGCUUUCACUGCUGAACAGGACAAAUUCCAUAUCGGCAUGGGACAAGGGGUAUUUGAUCAGGGCUCUCCAGAAGUGCCUGUGACCAGCAGGCUGGAGUCCAGUUCCCUUCUGGAGGCCUUCAGAUUUGUUCCGACAAAUUACUCAGCACUGCAAAUGUCGCAGUGUGACCGCAAGCAAGGGUCUCACUAUCCUCCACAAGACGAGGUUAGAUAUGGUCAAUUUCAAAUCAUGGAAGAGCAAGCAUGGCAGAUGAGAACAGGCUAG